CGCACGGUAACGGUCCAUAUCUAGCUAACAAUUCAAUAUUUCUACUCGUCUUCUUUUGCUUUGUUUGUAUAAUUGAAUGUGCUAAUUUGACAAUGUGAUUGCGGGGAGGACCGCGUAACAGUCUAGAACCGAUACUGUACAUCAAAAUAUUGUACAUCUCAAUAAAGUUUAUUUUUUCAAACCCACCCCAAAAACUGUCAUGGCGACGCCCAGAGUAGACGACUGGAGUUGGUUUCUUGCAUUAGCACUCGGCGUUUCUUUCCUGAAAUGUAUUUUGAUAAACACAUAUCAUUCCACAGAUUUUGAGGUUCACAGGAACUGGCUCGCCAUCGCUCACAGCUUUCCUGUGUCAAAAUGGUACCAUGAGAACACCUCAGAGUGGACCCUGGACUACCCUCCUUUGUUUGCCUGGUUUGAGUAUGGCCUGUCCCACGUGGCUCAGCACUUUGACAAGGAGAUGCUGGUGGUGCAGAAUCUCAACUACACCAGUCCUGCUACCGUCCUUUUCCAGAGGCUCUCUGUCAUCGUGACGGACAUGGUCUUCAUUUACGCUGUCAAAGAAUGCUGUAGAAGUGUGAGAGAAGAGAAGGGUUCCAAGGACCUCCUGGGGCAUCCAUUUUUCAUCCUGGCAGCUCUGCUUUUGUGGAACUUUGGCCUCCUCAUCGUUGACCACAUUCAUUUCCAGUACAAUGGAUUCCUGUUUGGAAUACUACUGCUAUCAGUGGCAAGACAUUUACAGGGCAGGCACCUGGAGGGGGCGUUGCUCUUCGCUGUUCUCCUGAACCUGAAACACAUCUACCUGUACAUUGCUCCUGCCUAUGGGAUCUUCCUGCUGCGGAGCUACUGCUUCACCGAGGACAACACAGAUGGCUCAGUGAGAUGGAGCAGUUUCAGUCCUCUUCGUCUGGUAGCCCUGGGAUCUAUCGUGAUCUCUGUCUGCGCCCUGUCCUUUGGUCCAUUCAUUGCUAUGGGCCAGUUACCCCAGGUCCUUUCCAGACUCUUCCCCUUUAAGAGGGGCCUGUGCCACGCCUACUGGGCCCCUAACGUCUGGGCCCUCUACAACAUGGUGGAUAAAGCUCUGUCUGUGCUGGGUGUGCGUCUGAAGCUGUUGGAUGUGGCAAAGCUUCCCAAAGCCUCAAUGACUGGUGGAUUGGUGCAGGAGUUCCAGCACUCCAUCCUCCCCUCCGUCUCUCCCUCCAUUACACUCAUCUGCACUCUGCUCUCCAUAAUGCCUGCAGUGUUGAGUAUCUGGCAUCGUCCGCGUGGUGCCCGGGGGUUCCUGCGCUGCCUGGUGGUCUGUGCCCUGGGCUCCUUCAUGUUCGGUUGGCAUGUCCACGAGAAGGCCAUCAUCAUGGCCAUACUGCCCUUCAGCAUACUGGCAGUUGAGAGCAGAGAGGAUGCUGGGAUCUUCCUGAUGCUGACCACCACAGGGCAUUACUCUCUGUUUCCACUUCUCUUCACUGCAGCAGAGCUGCCCAUCAAGGUCCUGUUGAUGCUGCUGUUCACGCUCUACAGCUUCACCUCCUUAAAGAAACUGUUCAGGGGUUCCAUCCUUAACCCUCUGGAAACCACCUACCUCCUGGGCCUGGUUGCCGUGGAGAUCCUCUGUGAGGUUGUUUACCCUCUGUCGCCGUGGCAGCAUACCCUGCCCUUCGUGCCCCUGCUGGUGACAUCAGUGUACUGCUCUCUGGGAGUCUCUUACUCCUUCAUACGCCUCUACGUCUCUCUACUGAGGCAGGACGGGACAGACAAACACAAACAACUAUGAGACAGAGAGAGACACUAGUGAGUAGUGACCAAUUCACAAUCAACCCCUUUGUUGUAUCCCAAAUAGUAUACUAUUCCCUGUGUAGUGCAUUACUUUUGACCAGGGCCAUAUAGAAUGUCAUUUGUGAUGCACUCUUUGUCUUACAUUGGUGUGUAAAGAAAAAAGGUGGCGUUUCAAACUUUCUGCGAUGCUGUUACGUGUCCAUGCAGAGCAGAUCUUCAAGUGUGCAUCUAUAAGUGUAGAUUUGGGAUGGGAAACACCAAGGAACAGUCACUUAUCCUCUUGGGGGAUGUAUCAUAGCAUGAAUAUUAUGUCUGUCUGAAUGUGUGAAAACAAAAACAACUUGGACCAAAUGUAACUCAAAUGACAAUGGAAAAGUGGGGAAAUAGUAUGAAAUGGGAUGAAGUUUAUGCUGUAUUUCUUAUGUUUACAAAUAAAAAGAUAAUAAACAGAA